GUCACUAUCAGUCCCAGUAACUCCUUGUUGGCAAAAUUUAAACAUAAACUAAAAGAAUACAUGAUCCGUUCUUAUUUCUGUAUUUGGUCUUUCAAUUUGUCCUUCAGUAGUACCUUAAUAUUCUAUGUUGGUGCUUAUAUCAAUAUGAAUGCAACCAACCAGAUGAAGGUCACUAAAUCCUGCUCACUUUUCCCCAUGAAUUACAUCAUCUGGGGAUUGAUUUUAACACUGACAACCUCCAGAGAUGUGUUUCUUGUAGGAGUCAUGCUUACCACAAGUGCAUACAUGGUGAUUAUAUUGUUCAGACAUCAGAGGCAAUGCAAGCAUCUUCAUAGCAUCAACCAACUGAGAGUGUCCCCUGAGAAAAGGGCCACCCAGAACAUCUUGCUGCUGGUGAUUUUCUUUGUGAUCCUGUACUGGGUCGAUUUCAUUAUCUCAACUACCUCAUUCCAGUUAUGGAAAUAUGACCCCUUCAUCCUGACUGUUCAGAAGUUUGUGAUAAAUGCCUAUCCCACAAUAACUCCUUUGGUACAAAUCAGUUGUGAUAAGAGACUAAUUGAUGUGCUUAAAAUCUUGCAAUCAAAAUGUCAGCAGAUGUUUUAA